CAUGUUUCCAUUUACGAUAAUAUAGAAAUAAUACGAACAAAAAACACGCUCACAAACUGAGAACAAAGCGAGCUAAACAUCCUAGACGACUUGUGCGUUUGGCUAAACCAUCCGCCAGUCAGUGGUCAGUUUGAAAACUACCCUCACAAAUAACGGACGUACAUGAUUCGCGAACAAUAACGGGGAAAACACGGGUGACUAGAAAGCAAUCAAAAGAAAUAAGUUAAUGAAAUAAUUAAAAAAAUAAUUAUUUGCAAAAAAAAUUCUCAAUGUGAACAAAAACAAGUGUCUGUGAGAAAAAGAAGAAGAAGAAUUUCGAGAGUGGUCGCCAUGUUUAAUGCCAAUACCCAAAAUUGGUUCGGUUUGAAUCAUCAUGACUCGGCAUUGGUCAGUCAUCAUAAUCAUCCUGGAACAAAUAUGACAGCCGCUAAUAAUUUACACCAGCUCAACGGGAAUCAUGCCCCUCAUCCACAUUCCCAGUAUCAGCAUGCCUACCAUCAUCCGGCACAGCAAGCAACACCACCGCCACCCUCACAACAGCCACCACCGCCGCCGCCGUCCACAUCGCAACAAUCUUCAAAUAUGUAUUUACGUAAACGUUCCUUGGUCUCCAAUUCGAAUCCUGCCCUGGAUCGUGUUGGCCCCUCCAAUGCCAUGGCAACAACAACCGCGGCAACAGCAGCUCCGGCUCCAUCGGAUUUUCAAGUGGAAUAUGAAGUUGCUGUGCCAUUGGUUUCGGCGUAUCGUCAUACGCCAUAUCACUCCUUGUGGGAUUUACAUGAAUGCACAUCAUCAGCGCCUCCAACAGGACUCUCACACAUGGCACGCAUGAUGGAUUCACUGAUAUUGGAUCAAUAUCCACCAUUCGCUUUUACCAAAAUCACAACAACUCACAGACCGACAAAAACGGGUAAGAAGACCGAAACCACAAGAACGACAUCGAUGAGUGGAUUGGUGCCGUCACAGUCUUCAUCGAGCAUUGGAACCAUGAGGCUUAAGAGUCGUAUUCCCACACAAGUAUCACCGCAACCGAGAACGAAUACAAAUUUACCACCCGCCAAUGCGGCCGGGCCGAAUCCAAAUCCAUUACAACAUGCUAAUUCCACCACUUUCAAUACACACAACGAUAAUCGAUGGAUUUCUUCGUUGCGACGCCGUGAUCCCGAGCUGCAGCCCACAUUGCCAUCGAUAAAUCUCAGCCAUCAUGGUAGCUCCCACAAUGUGGCCACAGCUGGUCUAACCGAACGCGGCGAGAAGCGUAACUCACGUUCGUUGAAAACUGCCACCAUGCCAAAUCGUAAAAGCCGCUCCGUGGAAAGGGUACGGGCCCGCAAACUAAUGGUCAAUUCACAGAUAAAACCCAAGGAGAAAAUGAAAAAGAAUUCCAUUGAUGAAAACUCCAAUUCGGAUGAUCAAGAAGCUACCUCAUUAGAAGAGAAUUCCACAUCACAGAGUACACCUAAGAAUUCACCGAAAACUUCCACAAAGGCGAAAACAUUUUCACCGGCCGGCUAUGAGCCGCACUUGGUGGACACGUUGGAGAAGGAUAUUCUGCAAAAGAAUCCCGGGGUCAAGUGGACCGAUGUGGCCGGCUUGAAUGAGGCCAAGUCAAUUCUACAAGAGGCAGUGGUAUUACCCAUAAUAAUGCCAGAUUUCUUUAAGGGUAUCCGUAGACCAUGGCGCGGUGUUUUGAUGGUUGGUCCACCCGGAACGGGAAAAACCAUGCUGGCAAAGGCUGUGGCCACGGAAUGUGGUACGACAUUCUUUAAUGUAUCCUCCUCAACGUUGACUUCCAAGUAUCGUGGUGAAAGUGAGAAAUUGGUGAGAUUGCUCUUCGAAAUGGCACGGUUUUAUGCUCCCAGUACAAUAUUCAUUGAUGAGAUUGAUGCUUUGUGUUCGGCAAGGCGCAGCGAUUCGGAACAUGAGGCCAGUAGACGUUUUAAAGCUGAGCUAUUGAUACAAAUGGAUGGUUUGAAUGUCACCAUGCAAGAGGAUAAAAUUAUUAUGGUAUUGGCCGCCACAAAUCAUCCAUGGGAUAUCGAUGAGGCAUUCCGCCGAAGGUUUGAGAAAAGGAUAUAUAUUUCAUUGCCCAAUGAGGACACCCGUUCGGCAUUGUUGAAACUCUGCCUGAAAGAUGUAAAUCUCAGUCCCACACUAGACACCAAUACAAUUGCCGAUCAGAUGAAAGGUUAUUCGGGUUUUGAUAUCAGCAACGUUUGCCGUGAUGCUGCCAUGAUGCCGAUGCGUCGUCAAAUAUUUGGUCGUACACCCGAUGAAAUACGUCAAAUACGUCGUGAAGAUGUUGACUUGCCCAUCACGCUGCAAGAUUUUCAAGAUGCAAUGCAGCGUACGAAGAAAACCGUAUCCAUAGAUGAUGUUAAUCGUUUUGAAAAAUGGAUGGAAGAAUAUGGAUCGUGUUAAUUGGAAAGAUAGAUGGAUGGAAAACUCCAAAAAUAUAUCAAAACCAAAAAUUUGGGGUCAUGAACACAAUGCUGCUUUUCUUUGGCAGGAGAAAAAGUAUGACAACACUGAUUUGGCGACCUAGAAAUAAAACUCUUCUUGGGCACCAAUUGAGUGCUGUGACAUAUUUUUUACCAAAUUCGAUAAACUUUUUAAAAAAAAUUGAGCUUCAUUGUGUUUGUGCCUUAUAAGAUUGCUCAUAUACACAGUUGAACAAAGGGUGUCCAUAAUUUGGGUACAAUUUUAUAAAUCAUGUUGCUUCGUAAGGCACUGGUAUAUUUAUGAAAUAUUCAGCCCAAUCAUAAAUAACAAUUUCGUUCGGAAUUUUUCUCUUUCCCCUUUUUUGCUAUCAUAAACAAAAAUUUAUCUCCACAUCUAACUCCGAGGGGGAAAGGUGCAAGUACAUAAAAAGCUUGAAGUCAUGGCUAGGCAUAUUAAUGUCAAAUUAUAAUGGAAAACGACUGCAGGAUUUUAGUGCGGCUCUGUAAUCCCUAGCCAUGACUUCAAGCUUCUUAUGUACUUGUACCUUAGGGCUUUUUUGACUGGCUUAAGUCAUCAGCUGUCUUCUUCGAAAAGUAAGAGAGGAGUUUUAGGUUUACUUAAUUCGAUUUCGGCCCUAGGCUCCUUUGUUCUUCUCCGAAGAACCCAGCCGAUGUCUUAAGCUAGUCAGAAAUGCGUUUUAUGUAUUUUCACCUUAAACUUAUAAUCUUCCUUAAAACUGAAGAAAAUUUUCAAAGAAAUUAAAAUAUUUCUCAAAAAAAUAUAUAUUUUUCAACAAUUUUUAAAAAUUGCAAUAAUUUUUCAUUCAACAUUUUCAAUUGCAAAAUCGAUUUCAUGCCAUGUUUACGUUAGAACUUUUUGUAGGGUUAACCUUCUUUGAGAGGAUUUAUUUGAAGUAAAAGUAAUGGAUAUGACAAUUUAAAUCCAAAUCCAGUGGGUUAACCCUCAUAUAUAUAAACGUACUAUAACUGUUCAUUGUCCCAACAGCUGUGUAGAUGCGACUACCUUUAUUCUUCUACCAUGGUUUGCAUCAAUCCGUACAAAUAGGGUUCGCAAAGUUCGAGAAAGGCCAAUUCGCGUUGACAUCUUCGCAAAUUAUUUCUCCUCAAAAUUUCAUGAUUGGAAGCAUGGUAGAAGAAUAUAGGUAGACGCAUCGACACAGCUGCUGAAACAAUGAACUGUCAAACCAAUUUUGGAAUUGAAAAUGUUGAAUGAAAAGUUAUUUAAAUUUGUAAAAAUUGUUGAAAGACGCGAAUUAUAAUAGCCUCCCAUUGACGUAGUUUAAGAAAACAUAUCAAAAUCUACUUAUAUUUGAAAAAACAUUUAAUUUUUUUUGACAUAUCAAUGCUCCCAAGCGUUGAUGCAUCUACCUGUAUUCUUCUGCCAUGAUUGGAAGAAUUACUUCGUAAAGUUUACGAAAUAAAUGCUUCCCGAGGAGAUAUUCAUGAUUGGGCUGACGGUAAAGCCUACUGGCAUGGCUUCAUGCAUUUUAUCGACGCUACGUUUUUCAAAUCGCUCUUCGUCGAUAAAACAACGAACGAUACUAGGAAAACUCUUAGAUUUCUGGUGUUGUCUGGAAAAUAUUCUCAAAAUUUUACAAUUGUUUCGAAAUAAAAAUUAUACCCAAUUUUUGGACACCCUUUUGUAUGUAUCUAGGAUAAGAAAUUCACCUUUAAUUUGAAAGUUUAGCUCAAUAGGUUUACACCUUGGCAAUGCGAUUUCAAAUCAGGUAUAUUUAAAAAAUGUACGGUUUAUAAAAUAAUUAUUAUUAAACGUUUGGUUAUGUUGAAAAUGAUUCCACAUUUUUUGCUUUUAUAGGAAAAGUAUCGAAAAAAGGUUUCAUAUAAUUGAGAAUCUGUGGAAACUGAAGGACAGUUUACACACCAUGUUAGAGUCAUAUGCAAAGUAAAUUCCUCCUUUUUUAUAUAAACCGUUUUUAUAUCUUUCUUUUAAAUAUCAAAUUUGUAAACAUUUUUGAAAAACCCAUUUUAUAAUAACUUCCGAUUGACGUAGUAUGAGAAAACAUAUAAAAAUCUGCUUAUAUUUGAAAAUGGUAAAUAUAAAUUGGAAAACAAGUCACUUUUUAUAUGACUUUAACAUGAUGUGUAAACUGUACCUAUGUGAUCGUGAUAUCAAAAUGUCCUGUAACUUUAAUUUGGAAAAUUUAGUUGUGAUUUUUGUUUUUGUUGCAUUUUUCUGAUGUCAUUGCGAAAUAUACGAUAUUUUUUAUAUCAAAUAAUUUAAUAUUAGACUUCCAUAGUGCUAUGAUGAAACUCCCCAUAAAUAUAUAAAAUUGUAUUUUUUUGCACAAUAUCUUAUAAAA